AUGUCCAAGCGAAAAGCAGUACUGAGCCAUGUGCCUCAGGAAUCUAUACUGGCGCCAAUACUAUUUCAUAUCUUCAUCAGCGACACGGGCAGUGGGAUUGAGUGCACCCUCAGCAAGUUGGCAGGUGACCCCAAGCUGAGUGGUGUGGUCGAUUCACUAGAGGGAAAGGAUGCCAUCCAGAGGGACCUUGGCAUGUCGAAGCAGGACGACCCUGACCCCGUGCAGCAGUGCACGCCUGUCCCAGCAUCACCCCAGCCGCUGCUCCGCCAGCGCGUGCGGCUGAGCCAGGGCCGUGCGACGAGGAAGAGGGACCUCCUCCUCUUCGGCGACGCCUUGGUCAUCGCCAAGCCCAAGCCACCAGAAGGAGUGGAAGGAGCCCGGCUGACCCAGCUGCCCUCCAUCAAGCUCCUGCUGCAGGAGCUGAGCGGCCACAAUGCCGCUGGUGCAGAGCAGCGGCCACCUCCCGUCCCCUCCGGCGGCAGCAGCGAACGUGGCCUUGGCCCCUCGGCUGGCGGGACCCGCAGGAGGAGGAGGGGGCUGCCCUGGCCCUUCGCACGGCGGCGAGGCAGCUCGGCCGCUGCAGAGGCAGCCGGGCAGUCGGGCUCUGGCGGCAGGGGGGCUCUCUUCGGCCAGCCCCUGGCAGCUCUCUGCAGCCAGGACGGCACGCUGCCCCAGCCCAUCCAGGACCUGCUGGCUCUCCUGGCCGAGCACGGGCCGUCCACGGAGGGGAUCUUCCGGCUGGCGGUCAAGGAGCACGUCUCCCGGGAGCUGAGGGAGGCCCUCGACAGCGGAGCAGAGGUCCACCUCGAAAGCCAGCCUGCGCACGUGCUGGCCGUCCUCCUGAAGGACUUCCUGCGGAAGAUCCCCUCUAAGCUCCUCGGGGCAGAGCUGUACGAGGAGUGGAUGAGCGCCCUGCAGAAGACCAGCAGGCAGGAGAAGCUGGCAGCACUCAGGGAGGUGGCCGGCAAGUUGCCCCAGGCCAACCUCGUGCUCCUCAAGAGCUUGCUGUCCCUGCUGCAAAGGAUCAGCAGAAACGCGGCCAGCAGCAGGAUGACUGCUGGCAACCUGGCCAUCUGCGUGGGGCCGAACCUGCUCAGCCCACCCGAGGAGCAGACGCUGCCCCUGGACGCCCUGGUGCAGGUGACGGGGCAGGUGCCUCCAGUCGCUGCAGAAAGCCAACACCUGAAGAGCUCCUCUGGGGAGAGAAGGUAAAAUGAGCUCGCUUUGAUUAAGAGCAGGAGUGGUUCAAGUUUG